AUGCUCGCGUCCGGUGUUUUGUCAGCCGGGUUCCUGUCAUUGGCGACCCUCGUCCGGGCUGGGACCGUUACGUACAACUGGAACGCGACAUGGGUUUGGGCCAGUCCAGAUGGCUUUGCAAGGCCGGUUAUUGGUAUCAAUGGCCAGUGGCCGUGCCCCCUUCUAAACGCCACCCUGAACGACACCGUCAUCGUCAACUUCAGUAACAAUCUUGUCAACGAGACCUCUGGCCUGCAUUUCCAUGGCCUCAACCAGCUGGGAACCGAAGACAUGGAUGGGCCAACCGGAGUCACGCAGUGCCCCGUCCCUCCUGGGUCCACGAUCCAGUAUCGGUUUACGGUUCCCAACGCCGGCUCCUACUGGUAUCACUCACACGACCUGGGACAAUAUCCCGAUGGCUUGCGAGGGCCUCUUGUUGUCCACGACCCCAAUGACCCAUACAUCGGCCAGUAUGACGAGGAGAUUAUCUUGGGUGUUUCGGAUUGCAUCGAACUCGGCCGCCAGAUGCUUACUCCAACCAAUACUCACUUCGCGCCCCCCUUUCCGGACGCCCUCCUUAUCAACGACGGAAAGGGUGCCGAUAUCAAUUUCGUCAAGGGCAAGACAUACCGGAUUCGAAUGAUUUGCUACUCCGCCCUGUCGUCCGCCUUCAUCCACUUCGAAAAACACGUCAUGAAUGUCAUCAUGACUGAUGCAUCCUAUAUCCAAGAGCAGGAAGCCGACAUGCUGCGUAUCGCUCCUGCCCAGCGCUACGACUUUCUCCUCACGGCCGGCGACAACGAUUCGGGAAACUAUCCAUUCUUGAUAUCGCUCGACACCAACCGGGACUACACCAACGCCAGCCUUGGAGUUUCCUUCCCGCACAAUUAUACGGGCUAUCUGGUUAUGGACAACUCGAAACGUCUCGACAAUACCCUUACCGUGAGCAAGUGGGAGCCUUAUGAUGAUUCGAAGUUCAAGGGCAAAGAUGGCGCCGGGCCUUUGUCGCCCCGCAACGAGCUAGUCGAGCUCGACUUCAAGUUUUGUUUUGACAAGAAUGGCGAUCCUCGUUCGUGCCUCAAUGGCUUGACGUACCUCACCCAGCCAGUACCGACCUUGUACACCGCUACCACUACGGGAGAAAACAAUACGAACCCCCUUAUCUAUGGGCAAGUCAACCCUGCCAUCGUUAAUUACGGCGACGUGGUCCAGAUAGUUCUCAACAACUAUGACGAAGCACUUCACCCUUUCCAUCUACACGGGCAUCAGUUCCAGGUCUUGGACCGACCCUUGAGCGGCGCCGGCAAGUGGUCCGGUCAAGACAUAAAUUAUUCCAGCGAGCCACUUUCGCGCGACACAGUUACCGUGUACGCCAACUCGUACGUCGUGAUUCGCUUCAAGGCCACCAAUCCCGGCGUCUGGCUCUUCCACUGUCACAUCGAGUGGCAUGUCGAGAUGGGCCUUACCGCUACAAUUAUCGAGGCGCCCGACCAUCUGCGCGGCUUCACCUUCCCCGACGAGUUCCUCAACAUCUGCAAGCUGCAGAACAUCCCGUACGAGGGCAAUGCUGCGGGUAACACGGAUAACUAUACCGAUACCUCCGGGUUCGUUACCUUGGCGCCAAAACAAUACAAUGGGUGAGCUUUCUUUUUGUCCUUCUCCAGUCCUAGGGCCGCCGGAAGUUGCGUGUGCUGACACAUUGUCCCUGGAAGUGCCUUGUAUAUCGCUCCCUCAUAGUACCUGCGCAUUUUCUGCUUUUUGAGCAGUCGCUAGUGUCAUCUUGCGGGUGUCGCCUUUGAUACGACAAAGAGUGUCAGAGCGGCAGUAAGCUAGAUUGUAGUUAAGAGUCUUUCUUUAGUCAACACUUUUUCUUUUCGUUG